CAAUAUUGAAACCAUUGAAACACUCCAAAAAGUGUGUUGCAAAAGUGGUGAAAAGUGUAAAAAAGAUUAGUACACGUGUUGCGUUUUAUAUUUUCUCCCUUCAAAAUGGCUGAAAUAGAAAAAGAAAAGAAGAAGAGUAAAAAGAAGUCCCUAGGGGAAAUGCAGGUGAAUAUGAAGUGCGAAAUGGAACCGUCUAAUGAACUUGGAAAACUAGACUGUAAGGAUUGGCCACUUUUGUUUAAGAACUUCGACAAAAUGUUGACGCGUACCAAACAUUUUACUCCUCUCUCCUGCGGAUCAACUCCCCUCCAUCGAACUUUAUCUGAAUACGUAAAGUCGGGAUGCAUUAAUUUAGAUAAGCCUUCGAAUCCGUCGUCUCACGAGGUCGUUGCGUGGAUAAAAAGGAUUCUGAAGGUCGAAAAAACUGGACACUCGGGUACUUUAGAUCCCAAAGUAUCUGGUUGCCUUAUUGUUUGUAUCGAUAGAGCUACUCGUCUUGCCAAAUCUCAACAAUCUGCCGGAAAAGAAUACGUGGCGGUAUUCAAACUCCAUUCUCCUGUCGACAAUGUGCAAAAGAUCAGUCAAGCAUUGGAAAGGUUAAAGGGUGCCCUUUUCCAAAGACCACCUCUGAUAUCCGCAGUGAAACGUCAGUUGCGUGUCAGGACAGUUUACGACAGUUGGUUCCUCGACUAUGAUGCGGAACGCAAUAUGGGCAUUUUCAAAUUAAGCUGCGAAGCCGGUUCCUAUGUCAGAACAAUUUGCGUUCAUCUUGGCCUCUUUUUAGGCACAGGAUGUCAGAUGCAAGAACUCCGGAGAAAUCGGUCCGGAAUUCAGUCGGAAAAAGAUGCACUCGUGACAAUGCAUGACAUUCUUGAUGCCCAGUGGUUGUACGAAAAUCACAACGACGAAUCCUACCUUCGUAGAGUUAUCAAGCCACUCGAAGCUCUUCUCGUUAAUCACAAAAGAAUUAUCGUCAAGGACAGUGCUGUAAAUGCUAUAUGUUAUGGAGCAAAAAUUAUGCUACCCGGAGUACUAAUGUACGACCAUGGAAUCGAACUGAAUCAGGAGAUCGUAAUUGUAACGACUAAGGGAGAAGCAGUUGCACUGGCUAUUGCCCUCAUGACUACACCGACGAUGUCAGCUUGUGAUCAUGGGGUAGUUGCAAAAAUCAAGCGAGUGAUUAUGGAAAGAGAUGCUUAUCCAAGAAAGUGGGGCUUGGGUCCCAAAGCUUCCAUCAAGAAGCGACUGAUUGUUGAGGGCAAGUUGGAUAAGCACGGAAAGCCCAAUGAAAAUACACCCUCUGAUUGGCUCUCUAGUUACACAGAUUACGGCGACGCUAAGCAGACUGAAGCAACUGAAGGAAAGGAAACAAAUGGUGUGUCAGAGUCCGCGACUGCGAAGAAGAGAAAGUGGGAGGAAACAUCUGAAGUCCCGGAAACACCACAGGUUGAAGUAAAGGCCGAAGCUGGAACCGAUGAUGAAACCGCUUCGCCGAAGGAGAAAAAGAAAGAGAAAAAAGACAAGAAAAAGAAAAAGGACAAGAAAAAAGAUCAAUCAGACGUAGAAGGAGAGGCGGAUGUUUCGAUGGCAACGGAAGGCGAAACAGAGGCGACACCAGUGAAAGAGAAGAAAAAGAAGAAGAAGAAGAGCAAAGACCAGGAACCUUCUUCUUCUUGAUUACAAUAUAAACUAUAAAGUGAUAACUAUAUCGCCGUGAGAAUGCAUCAUCGUGUACUUUAUCUGAAUCGAACGUUCGUUAUCUGCCAAACUUGAAACAACUCAGUAAAAUUGAACUUAUAAUUUUGAUUUUUUUUUAAUUAUAUAGAGAAUAGUAUUCAGAUGAAUGGUAAAGAACGCUGUUGCAUCUUCUGUAAAUAUUAUUGGAAUACUGAAUGUUUUUACCUUUAUAUGAAUGCAAUUUUGUUAGUAGCCAAAAUCGAACGUGCGGUUGUGUAGGAGUGAUUAUAUUAGAUUUUUAAACAAAAUUUACUAUUUUCAAUAAAAAUCUAAGCCA